ACACAUGCACUAUGUGGGUCGACGGUAAGACCAAACGGCGCGAUAUUAAACACAUGCACUUGAAGAUGUUGUUUACAGGCAUUACGUGGGCGGAGUCGGACUAAUGUGCGACUCGGAGUUGUAGAAGUAUUAAGUUAUAGAACAAAAAGGAAAAAUAACCUAAAAUAUGAAGUCUGUUUUUCUCGAUCGUGGGCCUGAAGGAAAGAGGCAAAAUGCUAUAUUAAAUACCAAUGUUCCUGUUCCUGAGCCAGCUGAAGGCCAAGUAUUAAUCCAAGUCAAGUCUUGUGGUCUGUCUUUAGUCAGAGUCGAUAUCCUCGAAGAGCUUCAGCUAGGCAAGGAAUGUCUGCCGAUUGGCCGAGAGGUGGCCGGGGUCAUCACAAAAAUUGGCGGAGGUGUAACGAGAUGUAAAGUUGGAGAUGAAGUUGCUUCCCUUCUCCCUGUAGAUGCAACUUGCUCUGGCUGUGCUGAGUAUUGUGUAGCUAAUGAGUAUGACAUAGUGAUCAAGCCCAUGCGAGUAAGUUUCCAUGAUGCAGCAGCAGGCAUAGGAGACUCCGUCAGGGCGUUUACAGCUCUACACUACCUGGCUAGAGUGUGCGCUGGAGACACUGUGCUGGUCAUCAAUGGAGCUACGUCGAGUGGAACCAUCGCUAUGCAGCUAGCCCAACACUGGGGAGCUAAGGUUCUUGCCACCGCCUCCUCACAAGAAGAAAGGAUCUUCUUAGAAAGCUUCAAGCCUGAACUUGCCCAAGUGAUAGAGACAGAUCAAAGCAAGAAAUACGCUCUCAUCCAGCAGUGUAUUGAGGAGACGGGUGGGCUAGGUGUAGACUGCAUCUUAGAUGAUGGAGUGAGCAUGUUUCCCAAAGAAGAAGAGGACCCAGCACUGAGCCCAAGGAAACAGAAGAAGCUACGCACCCUGCCAACCAAACACGAGGUCAUCUCAGCCCUAGGGGUAGGGGGUAGAUGGGUCACAACACAGGCAGAUCUACAGAUUGAUCCCCCGGAUUCUCGACUGCUUCACAUGAGAUGCGCCAGUGUGUCCUACCUCAAUCAUGCUGUCUGGAACCUGUCAUGUGGUCAGUUGGGACGCUAUCUUCACAUUCUCCAAAGCGCUAUCGACAAAUUAGCAGAUGGAGUUCUGAGACCAAACAUUUCCCGUUGUGUCAGCUUGGAUGAAGCAUGCGAGGCCUACAAUAAACUCCCUUCACAGACAAUCGGGAAGACUGUCAUCGAAAUGUGAAACAUAAUCAUCAAACAGGAUCCAACUGUCCUGCCUACAACUUAAAUGUAUUGGGAACUUUACAAAAACACACAAAUGGCCUUAUGUUAAAGCCAUGUUUAAAUGGGCAUCCAGAGCAAUGGGUUCCAUUUGCCAACAAGAGAGGGCCUUUUUUCAUUACUUUUGAGGAGGUACUGGUUCACGUGCAUAUUCGCUUCAUUCACAAGUACCCCCUCACCGGCAAAGGAAGUACAGUUGGGGGUGACCGACCGACGCCAUCUUGCCGGACUGCAAUUUUGCCGCGACCCACAGUCGUACUAUACUGUGUGAACAUACAAAUCCCUUGGUGUACGUGCGUCACACACAAGGAACGGUGCGCGUCAACCAGCUAAAUGUCUCGCACAUGGGAAGUCGUUGCUAGGUAAAAGGGCGCCCUCUUUUGUUGGCGCACGGAGCCCAUAGCACGAAGUACGCACGACUUAUUUUAUUCUGAAUGUGCACAAGUCCAUAGUGUUUGCGCGUGAGCAUAAGGUGUUGUCAGCAAUGCAUUUGAAUGUCUCUAUCGAUGGGUUCCCAACUCUCCCUUUCUUGUCGUUGAGGGGGUACUUUGUUCAUGGAGCCCAUCGUCAGCUUGUUUCCACAUAGUUGUAACUGUCUGAAACUGACACGAGAUUUGCAAGGGGCCUGGGAUUUGUGAGUCACACAAGAUAAUUGGAGCAUGUUAGUAAUAGCAAAUAAAUAUCACACAAACAUUGACAAACUCGGAAAAGUUUUCACUCUGCAGCAACUAGGGUGGUACAGAGUACAUCAGCUCGACUCUCUGAAAUCCAGAAAUUAUUCUAAGAAUAUGCAUGGAAAAAGGCAAUGUUACAUUCACUGAUGUCGUGUUAAAAAGAGACAAGACCAGAAAUCAUGAGUUCUCAUUUUUUGUUUUUAUUUUCUUGGUUAUUUUUGGUGAUGAAAACAAUAAACUCUGGCAGUACGUCAUGCUAAACAAAUCA